AGGGAGAACAUGUGGUAUUUGUCUUUCUGUGCCUGGCAUGUUACACCUUGCAUAAUGUUUUCCAGUUCCAUCCAUGGUGUCCCAAAUGAUAGGAUUUCCUUCUUUUUCAAGGCUGACUAGUAUUCCAUUGUACACACACACACACACACACACACACACCACCAUAUUUUCUUCACCUAUUCCUCUUUGAUGGACACUUAGGUUGAUUCCAUAUUUUGGCUAUUGUAAACAGUGCUACAGUGAACAUGGGAAUGCAGACAUCUCUUUGACAUACUGAUUUCAAAUCAGUUUUGGGUAAAUACCCAGAAGUGAGAUUGCUGGAUCUACUGACGGUUUCCUAACUACUCUUCUUAACUACAGACAACCCGUUUUUUUCUUAUGAUAAAGACGGCAUUUGGCUCAUGAGCAAGGUGGCGAGGUCAUCAAGUGAGUCAGACGUGCAGCUCUGGGAAACAGAAGAGGAUGACAUGACAGAAGGGAGAAGAAAGAAGUGAAGCGAGUUUUCAGUAUUCCAAGCAUAAGAGCCUGCAAGAUACAUUCCCUCAAGUGUCCAGAAUGUCCAAUUACAGACGACAAAGUAGCAGUGUAGAUUCGAAUUCAGAAUUGUCAAAUGAAGAAUUAAGGCAAUGUCUUCAUGAAACUUUAGAGGAGGUAGAAAUUUUAAAAACUGAACUUGAGGCAUCUCAAAGACAACUCAGAGGUAAAGAGGAAGCAUUGAAAAUUCUUCAAAGCAUGGCAAUACUUGGCAAAGCCACAAGUCAUAUGCAGUCAGUGCUUCAAAAAACUAUGGAACAAAAGAGAUCCUUGGAGAAGGAAGUAAAUGCCUUGCAAUGGGAAAUAGAAUUUGAUCAUAAUAGAUUUAAAAAUAUAGAGGAAUCUUGGAUCCAAAAAUAUGACAGGCUAAACUGUGAAAAUGCAAUCCUCAAAGAGAAUUUGAAAGUGAAAACAGAAGAAAUUAAAAUGCUAAAGUCUGACAAUGCAGUUUUGAAUCAACAGUAUUUGGAGGCCCUUGCCAUGCUUGAUAUCAAACAGCAGAAGAUGGCUCAGGAAAACAUGUGCUGCGAUAAAAGUGACUUUGCAGAGGCUUCAGGUCUUGAGCUUGCAGUCCUCGGAGCCUGCCUUUGUCAUGGGCCCGGAGGGAACCCCUGUUCUUGUGCCAGAAUGGCAGCAUCCACUCGGAAACUGCUUCUUCAGCUCAAACAAGAGUUGGAACUUUUGCAGAAGAGUAAAGAAGAAGCUUACGUGAUGGCAGAUGCUUUCAGAAUUGCAUUUGAGCAACAAUUAAUGAGGAAAAAUGACCAGGCACUACAAUUGACACAAAUGGCUAACGUGUGUAAAAAAGCAACAAAAUGGAUGAAUUGGAAGCACCUUAAAGAGGAUGGAUUUCCAUCACCAAGGAGUAAGAAGACCUUUGGGCAGAGACUCCUGGGUAUGCUCCCUUCAGAAAACAGUUCUAAGAGGAUGGAAGACCAGGACAGUCCUCAAGAGGUCCUUAAGAUGCUCAUAGAUUUGCUGAAUGAUAAAGAAGAAGCUUUGGCUCAUCAAAGAAAAGUUAGUUACAUGCUUGCUCGGGCAUUGGAAGACAAAGACACUGCCUCAAAAGAGAAUAAAGAAAAAAAUCCUACAAAAGAGAAUUUCCCUUUCAACAACCCCUCGCAUAAGACUUCAGAAUUCUCUGUUUUGGGUGAUCCUGUACAUUCAAGUGUCCACAUUUCAAAUUCUGUGGGCUGCAUUUGUUCAAUCCAGCACUCUCAAAUAGAUCCAAACUAUAGAACUCUUAAAAGAUCCCAUUCUUUGCCAUCAAGUAUCAUAUUUUAAAGACAAGCCAGUUGAAAUUGGAACUGAGAGUUGUUUAUAUCAAGAGACUUUGAAAAAUGAUUUUGUAAAUUUUGCUGCAUCUUGAGAAGUUGUAUGUUUCCUAGGUAUUUCUAAAUUUUAGGAGGUCGCUUAAAUAUUUUCUACAUUUUCUUUUUCUUCUUUUGAGAUGGAGUCUUGCUCUGUCGCCGAGGCUGGAGUGCAGUGGCGUGACUCAAUUCAUUGCAACCUCCGCAUCCCAGUUCAAGCAAUUCUCCUGCCUUAGCCUCCCGAGUAACUGGGAUUACAGGCAUGUGCCACCACGUCCAGCUAAUUUUUGUAU